AUGGCCGACACAGAAGUUGACUCCAAACCACGCAAAUCCGUCGCCUUCACCGAAGGAACUACGAUUGUAGAUGAGAACGGGGAAGUCACAUUGAAGGAAGACGGACACGACGAUACUAAAGAAACGGCGCAGUCACAUUCACCUAGUACGCCGCCACUUUCUCAAGCUUUGGGCGCAUUUACUGAUCCUUUCCAAGGCAAUGGCGACGAUGCGACCGCAACCAAGGAAGAUGAUGGAUUGGGCGAUUUGUCGUUGAUGAAGAAAAAGAAGAAGAAGAGCAAGAAGGUUGAGGAGGGCGAGGAGGGAGGUGAUGAAGCUGCUGCAGAUGGUGGUCUCGAUCUCUCGACAAUGAAGAAGAAGAAGAGAAGCAAGAAGCCCAAGGAUACCGAAGAUGAUUUCACAGCCAGACUUGCAGCUGCAAAUCUCAACGACGAGGGCGAGGGUGAAAAGGCGGCAGAGGAAACCCCGGUCGAUGAUGGUGAUAUGAUCAAGGGAACAGGUAUCUGGGCGCAUGACGAGACCAAAGUAAUUUCAUACGAACAACUCCUCUCCAGAUUCUUCACCUUGCUCGCAGCCAAGAACCCAGACCACGCAUCUUCCGGUUCCAAGAGUUACAAGAUCCCUCCUCCACAAUGUCUGCGUGAAGGAAACAAGAAGACCAUCUUUGCCAAUAUCGCCGAAAUUUGCAAACGUAUGAAGAGAACUGAUGAGCACGUUACUCAAUAUCUGUUUGCUGAAUUGGGUACCAACGGUUCCGUUGAUGGUAGCAGACGUUUGGUCAUCAAGGGUCGUUUCCAACAGAAGCAAAUUGAAAACGUUUUGAGGAAAUAUAUCAUGGAAUACGUCACCUGCAAAACCUGCCGAUCCCCAGAUACCGAACUCAACAAAGGAGAGAACAGAUUGUUUUUCAUCACCUGCAAUUCUUGCGGAUCUAGACGUUCCGUCACUGCUAUCAAGACCGGUUUCUCUGCACAAGUCGGAAAGAGAAGAAGACAACAGGGUUAGAGUGUUGAGGCGAAGACUCGGGGGCGUACACGAAUUACUAGCUAGCUACUGGAUCCUCUGCGCAAGCUGGCAGGAGAAAAAAAACAGAUAUAGAGAGUACUUAGGUCGAAAGUUGGGAUUUUACUUUAUGAGCUUUCCUUUGGUGUUUUCAAUCAAGAUUUGAUAGUCAAAUGAUCAUUUGGGGUUCAAAAUUUCACAUCAGAUGUCCUGAACAAAUGGUCCUUCCAAUUUGACUACCUUUCAAUGCUCCAACCCGGAUCUGAAGAUUUUAUAACUGAUGUCUGUAUCCCGCAAGACGGGGAAGUAUAGAUAGGUAUAAUGACUGAUAAACAAACAAUUUGAAGAAUGCCAGAACAACUUGAAUUUGGAUUCUCUUUUUUAAAAUCUAGCUUGGGGGACUGUUUGUACUCUUAUUUGAAUUAGUAUGUCUUAAUGGGAAUGUCGAUGGGUUAUAUAUAUAUAGUAUAGAUUUUUAGACCCCGUAUCAAGUUAGAGAAGCUAGUUAGAAUAAAGUUUUAGGGGUCAUCGUGGGACGUGUUGAGGGAUCUCUACCCAAGAGUAGUAGUAGAGUACGCGUCGUUUAUCGCUCAAAUCACCAAUGGUUAAAGAUAAUCAACCGAUAAUGGAUAUAUAAGGGCAUUUCUUUCAUAAUUGUGUCUCGCAAGGGAGUGAGUUUAUGGUGGUUGGACGAAAGAUGCGCGGAGGGGAAGUGUGGUGUGUGUGGCAAGCUAUAUAUGGGUUAUAGAUUGGGAUGACUUUGUGAUAUAUACGUACGUCUUGGUAUUUGGGUAUGCAAUUAUGCGCCUUUGUGUUCACUA